AUGAUCAGCAAUCGUAUCAAGGUUCGGCCAUUCCUGCGCAUCGCCCUCGCCGGCGUCGGGCUAUGCUUCAUUUAUUAUCUCGGUGUGCGCACCUGGGAACUGGCCAGGAUUUUCUACGGCCACCCAGGUCUCGCACUCACACAAGGAGAAGUCGCCGAGGCUUACAAGGAACGAGAUCUCUCCAUUCCCGCGCCGAUCCCGAAAAUCAUCCAUCAGAUCUUCCAUAAUUGGACUGACGCGGAUAACGAACAUAUUCCAGAGGAGUAUGCGUUGCAGCGACAGACGUGUAUUGAUGCGAAUCCCGGUUGGGAGAAUAGGUUAUGGACAUCGAAGACUUCUCGUGCAUUUCUUGAAAAAGAAUAUCCCUGGUUCUUGCAGACUUACGAUGGUUACCCUAUCGGAGUACAGAGGGUCGACGCCCUCCGAUACUUCCUCAUGCGCCAUUUCGGCGGUAUCUACCUCGAUCUCGACAAUAGCUGCAAGACCUCCCUCGAACCUCUACGAUACUACCCACUCUGGACCACCUACGGCGGCCACGGGACCAUCAGCAACAACAUCCUCGGCGCGCGGCCAGGACAUCCCUUCUGGAUCAUGCUGACCGACGCCCUCGUCCGCUACGCCUGGAAGUAUCCGCUCCCUUACAUCACUGUCUCCUACGCCAGCGGCCAAUGGUUCAUGUCGAAAAUCUGGCGCCAAUUCCACGAACGGAAUCCCGAAGCGCCGAUGAUCCGGAUACUCAUGGACUUCCGCCCGGGCUCUGCCGAGUGGGUCUUCUUCGACAUGGGCCCCGGCGGCGGUUCUUGGAGGGAAUGGGACGACGCUUUCAUUCUAUGGAUCAGCAGGGGGACGAGGAAUUUGGUCAUCACAAUUGUGGUCGGCGUGAUUCUCGGUGUGGUUGUGGUGGCUUUGGGGAUUUUGGCAUGCAUGGCUUCGAGGUCGCUGUUUCAAGGAAGACGGAAGAAGACCCCAUGGCAUAGAGAAUCGCCAGAGGAAGGGGAGGCACUGCUGAACGAGGACGAUACGGAAUUGCGGCCCAUGAGGUGA